AUGCCAACUAUCCCAGUGGACAAAGCUGAUCUCUAUGAACUCUUAGGUAGAGAAUACACUACCAAAGAGUUCGACGAGUUGUGCUUUGAUUUUGGAAUCGAGUUGGAUGAGGACACGACUGACGAGUGCCAGGGAGAUGAGAGACCACAACUCAAGAUCGAGAUUCCAGCAAACAGAUACGAUAUGUUAUGUAUCGAAGGAAUUGCUCAAGCUUUGAAUGAGUUCUUGGGAAGAUCUGAGGCUGCCAAUUUCACUUUAAACCCCGAGACCCCAAGCGUCAAGUUGAGUAUCGACAAGUCCACUGAGCAAAUCAGACCUUACGCUGCAGCUGCUAUUUUGAAGGGCGUGACCUUUGACGACAGACGUUACGCAUCUUUCAUUGCAUUGCAAGACAAAUUGCACACCAACUUGUGCCGUAACAGAACAUUGGUGGCUAUUGGAACCCACGACUUAGACAAGUUGAGCCCUCCAUUCACCUACGAGGCGUUGGCCCCUCAAGAUAUCAGUUUCGUUCCAUUAAAUCAAGAGAAGAAGAUGAAUGGUGUCGAACUCAUGGAAUUCUACGAGAAGGACAAGAACUUGGGCAAGUACUUACACAUUAUCAAAGAUUCUCCAGUGUACCCAGUCAUCUUCGACUCCAACAGAACUGUUUGCUCGUUGCCUCCUAUCAUUAACUCCAACCACUCCAAAAUCUCAUUGGACACCAAGAACGUUUUCAUAGAAGUCACUGGUACGGAUAGAACCAAGACGGACAUUGUCAUCAACCAAAUGGUUGCCAUGUUCUCUGCGUACUCCGAAACGAAGUUUGAAAUCGAGCCUGUCGAAAUCGAAUCUCCACACAACGCUCAGGACAGAGUAAGCCCUAACAUCACCCCCAGAAAGUUCGAGGCUGACAUUGAGUACAUUAACUCCUGUUUGGGCUUAAAGUACUCAGGUGAAGAAAUUUCCAAGCUCUUAAAGAAGAUGUCCUUGAAAGCCUCGGCCUCUGGUGAGAAGCACCUCUCUGUCGAGGUGCCAAUCACCAGAUCUGACAUCUUGCAUGAGUGUGACAUCAUGGAGGAUGCUGCAAUUGGCUACGGCUUCAACAACUUGGAGAAAACUAAAGCUCAGAGUGACUCUCUUGUCGCUGCUCCAUUGCCUAUUAAUAAGGUUGGUGAUAUCCUCAGAAUCGCAUCUGCUCAAGCUGGGUAUUUGGAAGUCUUGCCUUUGACUUUAUGCUCUCAUGACGAGAACUUCAAGUUCUUGAGACAAGCCGAUGACAACAAACAAGCAGUCAAGUUGGAGAACCCUAAGACCAUCGAGUACCAAGUCGUCAGAACCACAUUGCUUCCAGGAAUCCUCAAAACCAUUAAGGAAAACAGAAAGCACUCUUUGCCUAUCAGAGUGUUUGAGUGUGGUGACGUUGUGUUCAAAAACCCUGAGUUGGAGAGAGGUGCUUACAACCAGAGAAACUGGUCUGCUAUCUACGCUGGUAAGACUUCUGGCUUCGAAUACGUCCAAGGCUUGUUGGGUAAGAUCAUGCAAACCUUGAGAACCCCAUGGAUUGAAUCCCCUGCCGAGGACAAGAGAAGAGGAUACUGGAUUGAAGAAGACAAAGACAACGCAACGUUCUUCCCAGGAAGAGGUGCCAAGGUCUUUUUCAGAAGCUCUGAGAAUGCAGAGGCAAAGCAUAUUGGUGCUAUUGGUGUUUUGCACCCCGAAGUCAUGGGCCACUUCGAGAUCCCAUACGCUGCUUCCUCUGUCGAGAUCAAUGCUGAGGUUUUCUUAUAA